AUGGUAAGCAGCGCAAAAAUGAGCACGCUUAUAUUUAACUGGUUACUUAGCGUGCUCAGUUAUUUUAGCAUCGAUUGCGGGGCGCAUAGGCUAUGGUCGCACCGGUCGUACAAAGCUAAAUGGCAGCUCCGGGUGCUUUUGGCCGUGUUUCAGACACUUACCUUUCAGAUGGAUAUCUACCACUGGGCCCGGGAUCAUAGGGUACACCACGUGUACUCGGAAACCGAUGGCGACCCCCAUAAUGCCAAACGAGGCUUUUUCUUUGCACAUGUAGGUUGGCUACUGUGUCAUAGGCAUCCCGAUGUGACCAGGCUGGGCAAAAAGCUGGAUAUGUCGGACCUUAUCGGUGAUCCUAUAGUAAAGUACCAACAUAAAUUCUACUACCCACUGUUAAUACUUACCUGGCUCACCGUACCAAUAUCCGUACCGGUCUACUACUUCCAUGAAACAUGGCUAAAUUCAUUCCUGGUCAAUUGUUUCCGAUUUGCCAUCACCCUACAAACCACAUCCCUGGUCAACUCACUGGCCCAUAUUGGCCCUGGUGGUCGACCGUACGACAAACGCAUUAACCCACGCGAGACUACCGCGGUCAGUUACCUGACAUUUGGCGAGGGCUACCAUAACUAUCAUCACGCCUUUCCGGGCGACUACUCGGCCUCGGAGUACGGCUGGAGUGACAACUGGAACCCGUCGACCGCCGUAAUCGAUAUGUUCGCCCGCAUUGGGUGGGCCUACGACCGGAAGGCUACCCCCGAGUCGGUGGUCAGGACUAGGAUUGAACGGACAGGCGAUUUGGCGGCUAAGAGUCCAAAGUUGACCAUGGUCUACGUGUGGCUAGAUAUUGUAAUGGGCAUGUUUUAUGUGACGUGGUUUGUGUGGUUGGCGACACUGUACAAUACAACUGAUAUUUCCGAGAAUUAA